CUCUAGAGGGUCAGAGGGUCCUAAUCCGCAUCUGAGGCUUCCACAGAGCUUUAGAGAAGAGACGCUGGGAUUUAGAUUGAACUAGUGCGACUGGAAUACAGCGAUAAUGCCCUCCACUACCAAGACUCUACAUUUCAUGUCCAGCGCGCUGGUUACUGCCGUAUCUCUUGGGUUGCUGGGGUACAGCAUGUCAACACAGUGGGCUAAGACGACCAUGGAGUGCGCAAGAAGAGGAAGUGGCUUCUUCAAUGGAACUGCUACAAUCACUUUUGAGCUUUUCGGUGGGAAUUUGAACAGAGCCUUUUGCCCCUUGUUCGGAGGCACCGAUGAUUUUCAAGUGAUUUCUAAGUUGAUGGAAACUGGAGUUACCCCAGUGGCCCUGUACAUUUUGGUUUUGUGCCUGCUGGCCCUGUGUCUGCUGUUUUCUGCCGGCAGCAUCCUUAUCUCCCUCUACAACAGUGUCAGUAACCCUUACGAGACCUACAUGGGGCCUGUUGGAGUCUACACCUGCAGCUCGCUCAGCGCAUGUCUCUCAGUUGCGGUCCUUAUCAUAUUUGCGGUGAACGUCAACGUGACCAACAUGGCAGAGGAUUUGGUAAAUAACUUCUCCGAGGCUAUUCCGGUAGACCUGAGGAACAAGUCUUCGGAGAUGCAGCUAGGAUACUACCUGGUCAUCCCUUACACGCUGCUCUCUCUCUUUGGCAUCGUCUUGAUAUACAUGUACGACCAUGCGGCCUACAAACAUAGGAGAGAACAGCAGAGGCCUACUGAGGACGCACCCAAGGAGGUCAUGAUGUAUUAAUGGCAAUGGAGCCAGUUUUCAAAACUGCCCAUCAAGACUUUCUGGAGUAGCUUACUGUCAUGAAGGAUUGCAGAGGUUGUAGAUAUGUACAGUAAAAUAUGGAUGUACAUCUCGUUUAAUGUACAGAGAGUAGAAUUAGAUUUGUAGUAUUUAGUACAGACAUAUUAGAGGAAAAGUUUCAGCAAAUGUCACCAUCAUGUUUUUAAUGUCAUCAUAUUAUGAUGACAUUAUU